GCGGUACUCAAAGUGAACGUAAUUAGUGAACGUCGCCUUCCCUGCACUUCCCUUUCCUACGGAUUGUAAUACAUGUUAAUUUAAUCCCAAAUCAAAGACAACAACGAGUGAAAUGUCGGACAAUGAAGGAGAGACUUCGGCGCCCAUAAUAGCGGCGGCGCCUAUACUUGACGUGAAUAUGGCUCUGCAGGAAGUCUUGAAGACGUCAUUGACUCACGACGGGCUCGCACGCGGUCUACACGAAGCCGCCAAAGCACUCGACAAACGUCAGGCACAUCUGUGUGUAUUGGCGACGAACUGCGAUGAGCCGAUGUACCAGAAGUUGGUGGAAGCGCUGUGCGCUGAACAUCAGAUCGAUUUGAUCAAAGUGGACGACAACAAGAAGUUGGGCGAAUGGAGCGGUCUCUGUAAGAUCGACAAAGAGGGAAAGGCCCGCAAAGUGGUCGGAUGUAGUUGUGUGGUCGUCAAGGACUACGGCAAAGAGACGCCGGCCAUGGAUUUCCUCAAAGAAUACUUCAACUCUAAGAAGUCGGGCGUAUAA